UCAUCAGUUGGCAUGGGAACUUGUGAUACACACUUUUUUCUUUCUCUUAUGCACAUUUUCAUUCCAUGCUUGCUAUGUAUCAUGGCCAAAGUUGAAGCUUUAAACGUAACAAUCUCAGGAUUUUAUGUGUUUGGAGACUCCACGGUUGAUCCUGGAAACAAUAACUACAUCAAGACACCUUUCAAGAGCAAUUUUCCACCUUAUGGAUUGGAUUUUUCCAACCAGGUUCCAACAGGGAGAUUUACCAAUGGGAAGCUUGCCACUGAUUACAUCGUUUCAUACACAGGUCUCAAGAAAGAGCUUCUUCCACCUUAUCUGGAUCCAAGCCUCACCAAUGUUGAAGAGCUAAUGACAGGAGUCAGUUUUGCCUCUGCCGGUUCUGGCUUUGACCCACUUACACCAACCAUCACUAAUGUAAUUUCAAUAGAAAAGCAGUUGGAAUAUUUCAGAGAAUGCAAAAAGAGGAUGGAGGAUGCGAUGGGUAAGCAAAGAAUUGAAGAUCAUGUGAAGAAGGCUGCGUACUUCAUCAGUGCUGGUACAAAUGACUUCGUUCUUAAUUAUUUUUCUCUACCAGUACGAAGAAAGAGCUACACUCUCCAAGCGUAUCAAAACUUCUUAAUCCAACGCAUCACAGAUUUUAUACAGAAUUUGUUGGCAGAAGGUGGUAGAAAGAUUGUAGUAGCUGGAAUACCUCCAAUGGGAUGUCUACCGUUGAUGAUCACGAUGAAUUCUCCUGAUGCCUUAUUCCAACGUGAUUGCAUUGAGAAAUACUCUUCUAUUGCAAGAGAUUACAAUCUGCUCCUUCAACAAGAAUUACGCAAAAUGCAAUUGCACCUUAUAAAUUCCUCUGCUUCGAAUGCUAAGAUAUAUUAUGUUGACAUAUAUAAACCCAUUGCGGAUAUGAUUCAAUCUCGUGACAGAUUUGGAUUUGAAGACGUUGACAGUGGAUGCUGUGGAAGUGGGUUGAUUGAAGCAUCGAUAUUGUGUAAUAAGAUUUCAGAUGUGUGUGUUGAUCCAUCAAAGUACGUAUUCUGGGAUUCAAUUCACCCAACUCAGAAGGCAUAUCACAACGUCUUCUUGGCCAGCAUCUCUACCAUUGACUUCAUCAUCAAUAACUAGAAAAUAACUUUCUUUUUUAUCAUCUAUUUCUUGUUAACCCUUGCAAAACUAAUAGUAAGAUUACAAAUUAAUCAUA